AUCUGAAGCAAUUCUACGACAUUCUGAAGAAAUGGCUGAUACAGUAGAGCCCUUUUGGGGGCCUCAGACCUCAUAUCUAAACUUUUGUGAAGAGGACUAUGUCGUCACACGAUUUAUCGCUGAGUUUGUGAAUACCCUCAGCAGCUUUACUUUUGUGAUCUACGGAAUCUACGGCUUGGUCACAUCUCCAAAGCAACAGCGCACGGGUCCUCGAUUAAUCUCAUACAUUGGUCUCAUUGGCGUAGGAAUUUGUUCUGCUGGAUACCACAUGACGAUGAAGUAUCACACUCAAAUGUCCGACGAGCUCUCUAUGCAUCUUUUGACAACGCCCAUCGUCUACCGCCUUCUCACCUUCAAAGCCAGUCCGCAACGUACCAAACUAGUAGGAACAAUUCUUCUCAUUCUUUUCACCACGGUCAUGGUCACUCACAUGGUGAUGGAUGAAUUCCUGCUUCAUGCAACCACUUUUGGUUUGAGCAUUUACGUCAUCGCAACCCGUGCUCUGAAGAUCAUUUCUCAGCAAGUUUCCGAUCCUGUGAUCAAAAAGACUCUGCGAAAUAUCUCUCUUUUGGGCAUGAUGUCUUUUGCCUUUGGCUAUUUUGUUUGGCUAAUCGACGACUGGGCAUGUAACCUUUUGACCGAUGUGAGGCACGCAGUUGGCAUUCCUUUGGCAUUCCUCUUCGAAUUGCAUGGAUGGUGGCACAUUUUUACCGCUAUUGGUGGUUAUAUAGGCGUCGCAGUUGUUGAUCUGAUCAUAACGGGUGACGUUCACAAAGAUCCUACCGAUCAACUUGCCUGGCCCGUUCCUUUUGCUGCGAGGCUCAUGUCUAGUUCCCAAAAGUCGACAAAGCAAUCAUAGAUUUAUCGAAGCAUGAGAUUGAUAGAAGUUCUGGGGCCAAUCCGCAGGCUUACAUGACCUCAUAGUUGCCAGAAGCAAGUGAGAUAAUUGAAGAGGGUUUAGAUAGAGUGUUCAUCCAAGAAGACACACAUUUCAUAGACUAUAGAGGGAUUUUAAACCAAACUCUAGCUUAAUUACAUCUUAU